CCCGCUGCGUCAGUCACGCCGUGGAGCCACUCGGCGUUCAACAACCCGCUGCGAAUACCCCGACCGACCGACCGUGGACGCUCGCGCCCGUUCUCGAGUGAAAUAAUAAUAUUAUAUAUUACAAUAACGACGAUUAUAGUGUGCGAUUUUUUUGGUUUUUAUUUCGUUUUUUUAUUUUAAAUUUUCGUUCGUUUCAAAUUUUUCUAUUUCCGGUGCAUCCGAAUUUUCGCGAGUGAUAUCAGCUAAAUAGUGCCGCUUCGACCGACGUCGCAAAAAUUUAAAAAAAAUUUCAUCUCUCGUCGUCGCGUCGACAUGCGAUCCGUCCGCGCGCGCCCGCCGCAGUUAUGACGUUAUAAUAUAUAUCGCAUAGUUACAUUCGCCGUUGUGUCUUUUCGCCGUAUAUCAUUCCUCGUCCCUCGCGACUUUCGCCUGCAAAAGACGCCGCGACACCGGUACAGACGUAUUAUCGUACUUUAUAAUAAUAUCUUAUCAUUAAAUACUCGUAUAUACAUACGAGACGCGUUCUAUCAUCGUGAUAUCACAUCGUUAUUUUAACAUAAUACAUAACAUCCGAGGGUGUGGACGCGCGUAAAUGACUACCGCGUUAUGUUAAACCCGUUUAUGGACAACGCGCCUCUGGUCAACGGCAUGGGCGUCAAGGUCGAGGAAGACUAUAUGGCCGCUUCCCAGGACCACUAUCAUCAGAUGCACUACGGACAGCAGCAGGCGUCGGCGGCACAACCGCCGCCACCGCCGCCGCCGCCGCCGCACCAUCCGGGCUAUCCGGGGCCCAGGGACUUUUUGCACAUCCGCCGGGACGUGGCCGACUACCACCACCACGGCCAUCACCACCACCAUCACCAUCACCAGCACGGCGGCGACCAUCACAUGAGCGGUCUGUACCCGGCGGCCGUGCACCACGACCUGCAGCUGCACCACGGACAGGCGUAUCCGCCGCCGCCGCCGCCGCAUCAGGCGCAGCCGCCGCCGCCGCUUCAGACGUCCGCGUCCGUGCACCGGCACAACGAUUACGGCGGCCAGGACCCGUACGGCGGCGGCGCCGGUCACCCGGGCGGCGCGUUUUACCGGUACAUGCGACACGGCCCGGUGGCGGCCGCCGCGCUCAAGGACAUGUCGUGCCUGUGGAUCGACAAGCCCGGUCCGCCGAUGCGCACGUGCGGCAAGAUGUUCGGUUCGAUGCAGGACAUUGUGUCGCACAUCACCGUCGAGCAUGUCGGCGGGCCCGAGUGCACGACGCACGCGUGCUUUUGGCACGGUUGCGAGCGCAAGGGCCGUCCGUUCAAGGCCAAGUACAAGCUGGUCAACCACAUCAGGGUGCACACCGGCGAAAAACCGUUCCCGUGCCCGUUCCAGGGGUGUGGCAAGGUGUUUGCCCGCUCGGAGAACCUGAAAAUACACAAACGCACUCACACAGGCGAGAAGCCAUUCAAAUGCGAAUACGAAGGAUGCGAUCGAAGGUUCGCCAACAGUUCAGACAGGAAAAAGCACUCGCACGUACACACUUCGGACAAGCCGUACAACUGUAGGAUAUCUGGCUGCGACAAGUCGUACACUCAUCCCAGUUCCCUCAGGAAGCACAUGAAGGUGCACGGUAACGGCAAAAUGGACAGCGAUGGUAACUACGACUCGGAAGACUCCAACUGUUCGUCCGGCGGUUCGAUCAGGGUGACCGAUAGUUGCACGACUGCGACGCCCAGCAUCGUGUCGCCCGUGGAUCAUCAUCACGGAGCACAGACUCCGUCCGUCCUACACCCGACGGCACUGCCACUGCCCACACCGCCCACGUCCGAUUGGUACAUGAACACCGGACCUGGAGCGCCGUCCAUUCAACCGUCGUCCGUCGACCACGGUCACCAUUAUCUGACCGACCUAAAUCAUCAUCACCAUCACCAUCACCCGCACCAUCACACGUCACUGAUGGCUCAUCACCAUCACGGCACCGCGGCUUAUUGAAACAAAUCCCCCGCUUCGUAUUACGACACCGCCGCCGCUGCUGCCACCGCCGCUACACCGGAAUGGAGGUAGCACGCCGCUUCCGUCGUCAUCGAUACCGACGACGAUGACGACGACGAUUGUGACGAUGACGAUGAUAACGGGCGGAGAUCGGCAACGGCUAGUGCACACUCGCCCGAGUACAUUCAUCUCGCCUCGGCGACAUGGCAUAACCUAUAUAAAUAAUAUAUAAUGUAUAAAAAAUAUAGUGAAAUGAUAAUAAUAACAGCGAUAUUAUUAUUAUGAUACUAUGUUCGCGGAAAAAUGAGCGUUUCGGUUUUUUUUUUUUUUUUUGUGUAUCUGUCCGACUACCGGUCAUCGUGAUAAUAUUUUGAUAACGCCAUUCAAUCAUUACGCGCAGCUCGUGUGGGCGUAUAAUAUUAUCGUUUUUUAUUAUAUUAUUAUAUUAUGUUAAUAACAAUAAUAAUAUGUAAUGUAUCGUUACUGAUUUUAACAUCUCUCUAUCGUUUUCCAUUACGAUAAUAUGAAGUGGGGGCCACAUGUGAUUCUAAUAUUAAUUGUGUUUUAAUUAUUUAGCUUAAUUAUUAUCGACGGGUUAUUUUAUUAUUAUUAUUAUUAUUAUUUUCAAUUCAAAGAUUCAUGUGUAUUGAUGAUAAUGUUACCGAUACUAUACAGAUCUGAUGUUUUUUUUUUUUUUAUUUAAUUUCAUUUAAGUAUCGUAUAGGUACAACUGAACCCCUCUGUUACUGUGCCUUUAAAUCGAAUACAUAAAAAUUAUGAAUUUUUAAAAGUAAAAAAAUUUAAAAAAUUAAUUAUUUUUAAAUACCAACACUAAAACGUGUAUAAUAUGGUGUUAUUGCAUAAAAUGUAUGUGUAAUAUUAAAUUGUAUCUAUUCAAUCAAAAAGAAUAAACUUCCAUUCAUUUACAGGUACACUAUAUUUGUACAAUCUUGUAUAACUAAAGAAUUUAACUCCCGAAGAGUAUGUUAGGCCAACAUACGUUUUCGGUUUAAUGUAGUAAAUUGUAUUAUAUUAGUGUAUCGAAGGCCUAUAUUGUAAAAAAAAAUAUUUAUACAUAUUAUAUAUACGUAUAUAUUAUACAAAUAAAAAUUGUAAGUGAUAUGAAAAUAAAUUUUAUUUGUGUUUUAAAAA